AUGUCCUUCUUGCAGCAGACCGUCUAUCUGGGCAUGGCAGAUGAUUCGACCCAACUCAAUCAGGGCACUGUGACUCCCUACCCACAUUUCAGUGCCGAUGGGGAUGCAGGCAUCUUGGAUAAGGCCAUCAAGGCCAAAGGUGUAGAUGAGAACACCCUCAUUGAUGUGCUGGUGAAGAGGAGCAACGCCCAGAGACAGCAGAUCAAAGCUAGCUACCAAAAGGCUAGUGGCAAGCCUCUGGAGACUGCCCUGAAGUCAGCCCUAAAUGGAGAGCUGGAGGAGGUGGUUCUGGCACUGCUCAAAACACCAGCCCAAUAUGACGCCCAACAGCUCAAACUGGCCAUGAAGGGAUUGGGCACAGAUGAGGAUACUCUGAUUGAGAUUCUGGCCUCCAGGACCAAUAAAGAGAUCAAAGAGAUAAAGAAAGCCUAUCAGGAAGAAUACAAAAACGAGCUGCAGAAUGACAUCAAGUCUGACACAGGCGGAGACUUCAGAAAUGCUCUGCUCUCGCUCUGCAAGGCUACUAGGAAUGAGGACUUCAUCGUGAACCAGGAACUUGCUGAAAGUGAUGCCAAGGCCCUGUAUGAGGCUGGAGAGAAGAAGAAGGGAACGGACUGCUCUGUCUUCAUAGACAUUCUGACCACCAGAAGUGCUCCUCAGCUCCGCCAAGGGUUUGAGAAGUACUUCAAGUACAGUAAGGUGGAUGUGACAAAGGCUAUCGACCUGGAACUGAAGGGAGACAUUGAGAACUGUCUGACUGCCUUGGUGAAGUGUGCUGGAAGCAAGCCUGCUUUCUUUGCUGAGAUUCUCAACUUGGCCAUGAAGGGUAAAGGAACCAGGACCAAGAUUCUGACCCGUAUCAUGGUGAGCCGUUCUGAAGUGGACAUGGCCCGGAUCAAACAAGCGUACCAGAAGACGUUUGGGAAAACCCUCUACCAGGAUAUUCUGAAUGACACCAAUGGCGACUAUGAGAAGAUCCUACUGGCCUUGUGUGGAAGUGACAGCUAA